AUGCUGGAAGGAUUGGCAGCAUGGGUGAUCAACAACUACCUUGGGAAGUAUGUGGAGAACUUGAACACUGAUCAACUCUCAAUUGCCAUCUUGCGAGGAUCAGUGGAGAUGGAGAACUUGCCCAUCAGGAAAGAUGCACUGAGGCAUUUUGAUUUGCCUCUGAAAGUCAGGGCAGGUUUCAUAGGAAAAGUGAGGUUGGAAAUCCCAAUGACACGAAUGAGAUCAUCUCCGUGGAUCAUCUAUUUGGAGCAAGUAUAUGCCAUCAUCAGCCCUAUUCAUCCAUCAGAAUAUGAUGCUGAUGAAGAAGAUAUGUAUGAUCAAGAAAGAAAAAUGUCAUUGCUGGAUACCCUUGAGGCAAAGUGGAGAGCAGAAAAGGAAGCCAAGCAAGAGUCAUAUUACAAAAGCAGCUAUUCUUCUUGGUUGAACAUGGGAACGUCUGUUGCAAGUAAUAUCUUAGAAAAUCUUCAAUUGCAGAUAAGUGAUGUUCAUUUCAGAUAUGAGGACCAGCUCACCAAUCCUCAGGUGCCAUUCACUUUUGGACUAACUCUGGAAACACUUAUUGCACAUACCUGUGAUGAGGAUUGGGCUCCCAAGUACAUGCCUCAGAAUAAACAGUCAUCAAGCUUCAGAUAUAAGUACUUAGAACUGAAGAAUCUUGGAAUAUACUGGAAUGUUCAUGGGAAACUCUUAGGCAACAAACCCUUGGGUGAAGCAGCUGCAACACUAUUCCGACAGUCUCAGGAGAAAGGCAGCUAUGAGUAUCUGCUUUCUCCCAUCUGUGCAGAUGCUCGUUUAAAGCACAACCUGCAGCAAUCUCCACUUCGGGACAAGGAAAAUCCACGUUUUUCUUGUGAUCUUCAGAUUCAUGACAUUCUUCUUAAUAUUUCUGAUGAACAGUUCAGGUGUCUUUCAGCUUGGGUCCAGAUGUUUGACUGCAUAGACAAACAGAGGAAAUACUGUCGUUGGCAUCCAAGAUUACCUCUGGUGGGAAAUGCUCGUGCCUAUUGGCAGUUUGGGGUUGAUGUUCUUUUGUUGGACUUUAGACGUCGAAAGCAGCAAAGGAACUGGAAAUAUGCCCUUGAAAGGGCAAGAGAUGUUUUGCUCUAUGUCCAGGCUUAUAAGGAACAUCUUGCCAAUCCAGUUGGACUUUCAUCAUCACAGAAGAUCCAUAAAGAAAUCUGUGAGCAGCAAUGGUCCUAUGAAGAAUUGAAAGUUCUCAGAGAAUUGUCCAUGGAGGCUUUAAAUGAGAGUGUAAUCAUGAAGAAAGGAACAAUUGCAAAACCAGGUGAUUCUAACCGUGAUCAAGGACAGGGACUUCUUCAACGCUUCUUCCCACUAUGGCGUGGGUGGUAUGAAAACUAUGAUACGCCCCCUGAGACUCCUGAAGGCAGCUAUGUUCUGGAGCCUGAAAUAUCAAAAUGGGAAAAAGAUCAAUAUAAAUGCACACAGCAAGAUGAAGAGAUCCUUGAAGCCCUAUCUGAUACCAUGGAGAACAGCACUUUCUUCAAACGGGAUUCACUCUUUUUGCUGCUUCGGGUGCAGCUGAAAGAACUGAAGUUUUGCCUCUCAUCAUCUUCACAUGCUGCAAGACUGAAUCAAUAUGCCAUGAAGACUGUUUCCCUCACCAGGGAGCCAUUGUGUGAAUUCAAUGUCCAGGACAUGGAAGUGGGCAUGGAGAGUCGACCCCGCUCUCAGUCGUAUGCGUUUCACUUGAAGCUCAAUGCAGUCAAUCUGGAAGACAAGGUGACAUCCAACACAAUUUUUCCUCUCCUUAUCUUCUCAAGUCCUCGAGGAGACAAGUCAAGUCAGGCCACGUUGCCUUGUCGGAUUCUCUCUCCAUCUCGUGCAUUGGGUAUUGAAAAUCAGGUGCACCCUUUUCUUGAAGUCUUCUAUGAGCAUCAUCCUCCCAAUGCAAACAUUAAUAGACGGUUGCAUAUGGUGACAAGAGCUCUGGAUGUGGUGUAUAAUCCAGCUUUUAUCAAGUGCAUCAUGGAGAAAUUUUCUCUUCCACACGAUGAAGGCCAUUUCCAUGUCCCAACCCGAUUUCAUCAAGCAGCACGUGAGAGAUAUGAAAUGAUCAAAGAACAAACCAAGGAGGAAAUGUUUAAGAAUUUGCAGGAUAUCAUCCAAGGGAAAGAGGUGAUUUUCCGGCAAUGGGAAAUACAUUUGAACUUGGUUGCUCCACAAAUCAUUAUUCCAGAACAUUUUGUGGACAAUGAAGCCUUUCUGGUUGUUCUGGAUCUGGGCCGCCUAUACUUCAGCAAUAGAGACGAGACCCAUGAAACCCUUUUACGAACAUCCAGUGCCCCUUCUGCAGUCAUGGAUCAUGCCCCUUCUGAUUCUGAUGAAUCAGAAUUUGUGACUCCAGCAUCAACACCAGGAGGCAGGGAAUCAGCUUGUGAGGGGGAAUUGGAAGAUAAAGCAGGAAAGAUGGAGAAAUUGCUGCAACAUGUUGCUGAAAAACUGCUUCCUCCUUCUUUCAAACGGGGUAGUCUAUAUGAACGGUUCAAGCUGGAUCUGUGUGAUGUUCAAGUCAUACUUACUAAAGUAAAAGAAAAGUGGAAACAUGCUUUGACAAAGGGCUCAAGUGUCAUGCAUAUCUUGGACCGCUUCACAAUCAGUCUCAUGCUUGAACAACAUGUCUGCAGUCCCCAUGAGAUUCACCAUGAGGGUGGUUCACCAAAAAUGAUUCUUUCUGGAAAUCUUCAGAAACUUAUCUUGCAUUUAAAUGAAGACACACUCUAUUCCUUGGCUGUACUGUGGAAGAAUGUUCAGGAACAAGCUCCAUUUGCACCAUAUAGUGCUCCUAUCAGUCCACCUUGGGUGAAACAUGAUACACUCAAGAGAGACUUCACUUUGGAUAUGUCAGAGAGUUUACUCACUGUGCCAACACAGUCACUACUAGUGCAAUUCUCUGUCAGUCAGCUCUCAGUUGAGGUGCAGAGUCGAGGGAGAGGAGUGGCUGAGCUUCAAGUAACAGGUGUUCAUUCAGUAUUAUCGAAGAAAACUGGUGGUGUGGACUUUAGCCUUACCAUCCAUGGGCUUCUACUUGUUGAUGCCAUGCAGACAUAUGGACCGGAUUUUGAACUCCUCAUGGCUAGUCAUAAAAAUGUUUGCUUGGAUAGCUUAAGUGGGAGCAUUCAAGACAGUCCUUGCUUGUGUGAGCAAAUUGGUGACAUUCCUCAAGCAAUCCCUGACAUGAAUGCCUUUGGUGAAGAAGCCCUCAUCACUUGUGAACUGUCUGUGAUCACUGGACAAUCCCAUCAUGCAGAAGAGAAACUUGUGGUUGCCUCAAUUCUCUUCAACACACUCGAUGUGAUUGCUAAUCAAGAGACCAUAGUGGAAUUGGUGGCUUUUGCUAAAAGAGUUUCUUGCAUGAUGGAUGUUGCAACAGCUACAGAUAUGCCAUCCCCUGUUGAAGAUGAGGAGUCCUUCGAAUCUGCCACAAGCUUGGCAAUGAACCUGUGGAAGUAUCGACCACUUCACAUGGAGCUGACUUUUGAUUUUUCCUGUCUCCAUGUCCUCUUCCUGAGAUCCAUUCCAAAUGCAGGAGGAAGUUCUCGACUUUCUGUACAGAAGGUGGGGACUGUGACUGUCACCCAAGCACACAUCCAUGCUGAAAUGAAAAACAUGAAACUGGAUGUGGAAGGGAGUCUAGGAGGCAUGCAGAUGUUGGAUCUGACUCAAGGAGGAUCCCAGUUUGCCAGGGUCAUUAGUGUUGGUGUGGACCCUGCCAUCCCCCCAUCUCACCCUCAUGCUCUACCUCACCUGCAUUCCUCCAUAUAUUUAGAUGACCAGGAGAAUCCAAAUGAAUCAAAGGCCUUCAGCUUCAAGUUAAGCUGUCCUAUGCAGCAAAGGUCAACCAAGGAUCCCAUUUGCCUGGACAUGGAGAUGGCAUCAGUAUGCUACACCCAUUCCCCUCGUUUUGUUUCUGAAGCUACUGUUUGCAUGGAAGAGAUUCAAGAAUGUGGUUCUCGUCUAUCACACUACAUGAACACGGCUGCUGCAGAAGUGACUCUGGAACUCAUGAAGAUGAAUGAAAAUUCAGUAUUAUCCACAAGCAUCCCUGAUCUCCAGCUGAAGAGUGGAUUUGCCCGUUCUGGUUCCCCAUCCAUGACAGGAAUGUGGAAUGUUGCAACAUUCUCACAGCAACUGCCUAUUCACAUGGAGAAAUCAGCAGGCAUUAAGUUGAACAUAUUCUUGGAGACUCCUGUACUGGUGUUGCCAACUGGUCUGAACAACCCUGAUGUCUUUGUUUGUCAUCUGGGAAAGAUCCAAAUGACUCAUGAUUCAAGCUUGGCUGAUUCACAUGGUGCAUCUACCAUUGUUGAGUCCUCAAAUGAAAGACAUCUUCAUGUUCAAAUUCAGAAUGUGAAUCUCUAUUCCCUAAACUUGGAUGAGAGGCUUCAUCACAGCUGCCAAAUUUCCAGGUUGACAGUGCAUGAGUUAUACAGUUGCAAGACUGGAGCUCACCCAAUACUUCAUGACACUGCUCUUCAAAUUAAUGUAGCUUAUCACCCUCACAAGGAUGCACAAGAACCAUCCAGCCUCUUACAGGUGCUGUCUUCAACUGUGAUCCCCCUUCAGAUUUCUCUGUCAAAGAGUCAAUACCAGCAACUGUGGAAGAUGAUUGAUUAUGUACUGGAACCACCUGUUGUCUUGAAGUUACAUACAAGUUCUAAGCAAUCCCUGAACUUGGAUAGCAUGCAUACAUUGUUGGAGAAGCCAGAAAUUCCUGAUUCCCAUCAAAUGCAUAUUCAAGUUUGCCUUGAAGUCCAAGCCUUCAAUGUGACCCUGAUGCCAGAUCCCAAUGAAGGACAAGAUCCUCUUAUUUGUGUUGCACUUCAAAAUCUGUCUGCCACCUUCUCCAAGACAGAACAGUUCUUAUCACAUGUACAGGUAUCAUUGAAAAGCCUCUCAAUGGAAGAUUUAUUGGUGCCUUCUGAUUCAUGUGCUCGAACAUUGAUGACUUCAUAUGGAGAGGGUGAUGGUUCCCUCUUCCAGUCUGCUCAUGAUAGCCUAAGUGCAUCAUGUCCUAAUCUUCAUGAAGCAGAUUCACUUUCCUCAUCUGCAUCAUCUCUUCCCACAAGUGCUGCCUUGUCUUCUUCAUUACCCAAUGCUUUGCAAACUGAGAAUGUAUUUCUUUCCUGGACUAGGGACAAGAAAGUUUCCUUCUGUAAUCGAAGAAACAAGAACUCGGAAUCAGAAGUACUAUGUCUUCCUUCAACACCUCCACCUUCCCCUUCUGCCUCCAUAAAAGGGGAUCAGUCAUGGGUGCCUUCAUUUGAGAAACUCCCAAGUCAAGAGAACCUUAUGAGAAUAUCUAUUGUCUUGGUGGAUCCACGGGCUUCUAAUUUUCACACAACUUACAAGUCUGCACAAAGACAUACAACUGUGGAUUUCAACACCUUGGAUGUUCAGAUAAAUCCAUCAUCUUGGGUCAUGGUUUUGGAUUUUUUUGGCAUAAUGACUGCAAAUGCAACAGUGAUGGAAGUCAAGUCAGCCCCUCCUCAUGUAGAUGAUGUGGGUAUCAAUAUCAUGUCCACCUCUUCAAGCCAUGGAGGUCUCAUUGUCUCUGCCAUACCCAUGGAAGAGGAAGACAAGGAGAAGAAUACACACCUCCGUGUUCAUGUUCGCUCUCUGGCUUUCAUAUUCCAUUUGGAAGAAAGUGUUCAAUUGUCCAAAAUGAAGAUUUCCAACUUCUCCUGGGAUCACAAUUCUAAGCAAGGGAACAUGCAUGGGAAAGGAGUGCUUGGGAGUGUGACCAUGUCAGAUCUGACCUCUCGAGCAGGCCUCUUUCCACAGAGAUUUGGAUCUGAUGAUCCUGACAUGAAGAGAGACGUGGACAUGAGAUUUCACUUGCAAAUGGCUUCCAUUGUGUAUAUCCAUACACAAAGGUUUGUCACUUCAAUGCUCCGAGUAGUUGACAACUUUCUUGGAUAUCAGAAAGGCCUGGGAGAGCUUCGAGCAUCUCUGCGUGGUGCUGAGGUGAUGGAAGUAUAUUGCCAUCGCAGUAGAAUACAGCUGGACCUACAGAUCGAGACCCCAGUGAUUAUCUUGCCUCACUGCACAUUCAAACCAGAUGUUCUUGUAUUUGACCUGGGGCAGAUUACAGUAAAAAACAGGUUCCUUCUUGCUGGUGACCCGCUCACUUCAACUAACCAGAAAGGACUCUCAAGUGCUGCCACAUCUCCUCAAUCCUCUUCACAAGCUGGUUUUCGCUGCCUCCUAGAUGUGCAACACCUGGAUCUGCGCAAAACAAAUGUUUGUGUUGGUCAUGUCAUGAGUGAGCUCACAAGUCACAGUGGGAUUUUGAGAAACCUUGGUGCCUACACCAUCCAGAUGUGUGGACCACCUUUUCUCCAGAAUGAAACACACUUAAAAGUCCAGGUGGAGAGAAAUUUGGAUUCUCAGAAGUUCCACAAUGUUCCAGACAUGACAAUCUGUGCAGAACUCCUCCAGCUAGAAAUUUCCCUUGAUCUUGCUCAAUUCUGCCUAAUCAAAGGGGUCCUCUUCAAUAACCUUGGUGAAGACCUUGAUGAUAUUAGGCCAUCAGAAACAGCCAAUAGCUGGUCCUUCAAUCCUGCCACUACUUCAGAAGCCUUGAAGGAAGAGGUUCUGGGUUCCACUCAAACAGUGUAUGUGACACUGGCUGUAUAUUUUGAUCUCAUCAAUGUGACGCUGAAUGUGAAGCGAUCCCAUGGGUCAGAAACUAGCCUAGCCAAGGUGAACUUCAUCAGAUCUAGAUUCUUACAGGAAUCUUAUAGCAAUGGGUCAAAGGAUGUUGAUCUUGUAUCGCAAGAAAUCCGUGUGAAAGAUACACGAUUUGAUGACAUUCCAAAAAAUUGGAAGCAAAACUUGUUUGAGGAUAUCUUGACACCAAUGAGGAAUGUGACUCCAUCUGCAUCCCCAACUCCUGGUGAUCCAAUGCAGGUGGAGCUUCAUUACCGUUCAAACCAAGACUUCUUACGCUACACCAUCCUGUUGAAUAGUAUGAGACUGCUGGCAAUCUUUGACUGGUGGCUGGAAGUAUUCAAUUUCAUCACAACUCCUGCUCUCAAGCCUACACCAUUCCAAACAAAAGCAAUGACUAGGCGGAGUCCAGUGCGAUCCCGACACACAACUGGUGGACAAGUGCAUUCAAACCCUGUGGCUUCUUCCCUUGGAAUCUUAUCACGUAGAGAGCUCAUCACUGAUCCUCAUGUUGUUCCAUUUGAAAUGAAACUUAACAUCAUUGAAUCAGAAAUAGUCAUCUUGGAGAAUCCAGCCCAGGAGACAAGCAGUGCCGUCUUCCUUCGGACAACAGCAGUGAUGAGCUAUCGCCCAUCCAUUCUGGAGAAGCCUUUUAGCUGCAACUUGACUCAAUGUGAAUUAUUCACAUCCAUGGUGGGUGGAGAGAAUGACACAGCUCUGUCCAUCAUUCAGCCUGUCUCUGUGAACCUUGAAGUAGUUGGAAGGAGAACAGAGCCCAAGGGAGUUCUUGAUGCAACAGUGUUGAAUGUCACACCUGUUCUUGAGGUGCACCUUCUGCAACUCGUAAGUGUUCGUCUGUCAUAUUGGGAUAUGCGAUUGUUCCUGAGCAUCUUACACAGAGCAAAGCAGCAACUGGAGGCAUCAGUAUCCUCAUCUCUUCCCACUAAUUUCCACAAUCACAUGAAAGCUUUGGAGAGUCUGGGAUUUUCUCGUGAUGAUUGUUUGGAAGCUCUCUAUGCAAAUGGAUCACAAGUAGAUGAAGCUGCUAUGUGGCUGAUCCAUAAGAAGGUGCCCACUAAUUCUGGUCGGAAUUCUGCAUCAUUACCAUCAACCAGGCUUCAGUCCAAACCACUAUUCAAUUCCCUUGAGGUCACCAUGAAGAACUUGAGUUUCUGCAUCAUUGAUGACUGCAGAGGCAUUGAUGUCCCUCUGGUGGAGUUGAUCUUUUCAAGUGUAUUCAUUGAAAGGGGGAUGGAAUCUGGCAUUGGAAGGAUGAAGGCCAUCAUUGCUGGUGAUUAUUAUAAUCAAGCCUUGUCAGGAUGGGAACCAUUCCUAGAACCUUGGAAGGCUGAAUUAUCUUGGCAAGAGAAAGAAUCUUCAUUGAACUUGGAGGUGAAGUCCAGUGACUCCCUGAAUGUUAAUGUGACGUCUAGUUUUGUGAGACUCCUCAAGAAUGUGAAGGCCAAUUGGUCUGAGGAUUAUGAAGCAUCCAACAAAGAAAGGUCAUCCAGUUGGGAUUGUAGUGGACUGAGGAGGCGCAUGCCAUUUAUCCCCUUUGCAUUGAAGAAUGAUACUGGGUGUGAGCUUCAGUUCUGGGCUGUCACUGGGCUUGCAACUAUGUUGCCUGGUAUGGAAACAGGUGUUGGUGAUGAAACAAUCUCAGAGCAUCUGAGAAGACUCCAAUCAUCUAAUACAGGAACCUCUGUUCCACAAUCACCAUUUCAUGGAUCUGCUGGCCCAGGAGACACUAUAUCAUUCUCAUUCAAAGAGAGAAGUCGAAAUCGCCAAGUCCUCUCUGAAGGCAGCCAGGCCCUCACCCAUCAAGUCAUUGUUCACAUCAAGGGCUGGACCAAGUCUUUGCCUGUUACUGUUGAUAAAAUUGGCACCUACUUUUGCUUCAUCUCACCUAUUGAUCAGCAGGUUUCAGGGUUUGGUCCAACUCGUCUUGUCUUCUCAGUCACAUUUGAUGGCACAGCUCGGAAGCUCGUCUCUGUUCGAUCUUCUCUCCUCAUCCUCAAUAAUCUUCCUUUCCCAGUUUCACUGGAAAUGUUCAACUUUGAGACACGUCAUGUCUCACUAGAAAGAAGACAGAAGACAUGCAUAAUCCAGCCUGCAGAGGUGUGUCCUGUUCCAUUGAAUCAUACUCAGAGCACAUUGAGAGUACGUCCCAUGCCAGGAGGAAAACGGGGAGGAAAUAGUGACUUCCAAUACAAUUUGACCUCAGAGGCCCUGGACUGGACUAAGGCCAUGCCAAAGACCCCUGUCUAUGAGUCCAUUGUGUCACAGUCUGUGAUAUAUAGUGACCCAUCUCCAUUCAGGAUGUGCGUCAAGUAUAAUCAAGAUCCUUACCCAUCAACGAGAAAAGUGGUUCAAUGCUCAUCUCUGGGAUCCCUGUCACAUCAUCCAUUGCCUCUCCAGCCAGUGCAUACAGUUACUUUGUUCAGUCCUCUCAUGCUUGUCAAUCUUCUCCCAUGUGAUGUCACCUUCAAAGUCAAGAACCAGAGUGGUGAAGGUGGCCUAAUUAAGGCCAGUGAUCAAGUAUCACUGCAUAAGGUGGAUUUGGCAGAGGACCUAGAAUUAGCCUUUAGGACUGAAAUAUUCAAUCAAGUUUCUCCUUUCACCAUAUAUCCUGCCAUGGGGAACUGCACUGUAAGGCUAACAAUGAUGGACUCGCUGAAGAGAGUUCUGGAACUUCAGAUGAAAAUAACUGGUCGUUCUGGAGUCUUCUACAAGUUGGUGCUAUCAGCUCCAUUCUGGAUUGUCAACAAGACAGGAAUCCCUUUGGUGUUUCGGCAAGAUGGGGAAUCAAGGGAUGCAACAGGGCAGGGUGAAGAUCAUGAGACAGGGUCCUGUGUUACACCUCUCAUGUUUUCCCUCACAGACAGGGAUUCAGGUGGACUUCUUAAAGCUCGACUUGGCAAGGCUCUCCAUCCAUCUGGGAACCCUCAGUGGUGCCAUCCAUUUCACCUGGAGAAAGGAACGUGUGUCCGACGCCUUCGUGUCUUCUCUGAUGAUCACAGCCAGGUCUAUCUCAUCAGCAUAAGUGUGGCUCAAGGAAAAGGGAGAUACAGGGAUACAUACAUCGUCACCAUCUCUCCUAGAUUCAUGCUCUUCAACUGCUCCAUUCACACCCUGCAGUUUGCACAGAGUUACUAUGCAGUUGAUGAUCCUGGAGAUGAGGAGAAGAGGACUUAUCUGACAUCCCUUCCCCACUCUCACUUGGCAUUUCAUUGGCAACGCUUGGACAUUCCACAACUCCUCCACAUUCGUCUUCUGGAUACUUUCUCAUCCUACUGGUCUGGGGGAUUCAAGUUAGACCAUGUGGAAUCCUUCCAUGUGAACAUCAGAGAUAGAGCAGAAAAGAGCCAUAUCCUUCAUGUGGAGGUUCUCAUAGAAGGUGCAACCUACUUUAUCAUCUUCUCUGACCCUGACACUGUCCCUCCACCCUAUAAAAUUGAUAACAGAUCCUUUGUGAACAUCACUUACUAUCAGAAGGGAGUUGAAGAGACAUACAGGCGAUCAAUCUUGAAGGCAGGAACUCACAUCCCUUAUGCAUUGGAUGAGCCAUUAUUGCCUCCUCUCAUGACUGUUGUUGCUCCUGGUGGUGUGAAAGCAACAUAUGACUUGAACCAGCUUGGAGAAGGGUCUCAAUUGACAUAUGAAAAUCUCAUCUAUCUCAUCUUCACUGCCUCUUUCCCUGAGUCAGAAGCAUUGUCAGAUAUGAGCAAGCUAGACCCUAGCCUGAACAAUCUAGUCUUGGAUGUGGAGGGGCAACCAGGGACCCCCAGGGUGGUACUUCGACCUCAGAAGAUUGGGGAAAGGUCCCAGUUGUGGAGGAUGACCAUGGAUGGAAUGUUGGAGCAUGUGGGAAGCAGCCCUCCUCGUGAUCACAUUGAGAGAGAGACAAGCAAGCGCAACAAGAAUAUAUGGGUCCUUGAUGUAGCAGGGCUGGCUCCGCAACCAACUGAGUACACACCCCUCACCUUGAGACGUCCUGACAGUCGGCGCUCAAUUACCCAGCACUGGCACUUCAGUUCUGAUGGACGACUAGCUUGUGAUCAUGCCAACCUCUAUGUUCAAGCUAAAGAUGGCUUCCAUGGCAUUAAACCAGAUGCCAAGAGCCAUCUGAAGACAUGGCAUCACUAUGCUGAGGUUGUGCUAGGGCCCCCACAGCCUGUGACCACUCUCAUGCUGGAUUCAGGGAUACCCAUUGAACAAGGUAUCUCUCGGAAGCGCUUUCGGGAAGGAUCUGGCAUCCUCAGCGUCAGAGUUGCCACUGAUGGACCUAAAAGAGUGUUGCAAAUAACUGACCUCAUUCAUAAGCCAAGUUCAGCACAAGAAGAAAGGGUAAUGCUUCAACACAAUUGGCCAGAGAUCUCUUUAACUAUCCGCUUGAAUCAGGGCAUGGGAAUAAGCAUUGUCCACCAGGAUAUGCAGGAAGAAAUCCUAUAUAUUUGGAUGUCUAACAUCUGUUUCACCAUUCACAGAGGACAUUGGGCAGCAAAACUUGACUGCUCCAUUCAGAGUGUCCAGGUGGAUAACCCAUAUCAUGCUGCCCAGUGUCCAGUUCUACUGCAUCUCUUGCCCCAGGAUAAAGAUGAUGAGUAUCGUCAUAUGCCUGCUGUCUCAUUUCAGCUUCACAAAGUCUACUCCCAUGACUAUGACAAAGCCAACCUCCAGCUCUUCCAUGAUUUGCUGCUGACAAUCAAGGGUUUUGAUGUACGCAUUGAGGAGAUGCCUCUCUGGCGUCUUCUCUCCUUUCUUGGGUAUAACCAGUCAGACAUAGAACUGGAGAAGGAACUGGAACCAGACAAUGAGGCCAAAGUCACCUCUGAUAUUGCAGCGUCUGCACAGUCUACGCGAUUCUAUUUUGAACUUAUCCAAGUGUGCUUUCCACAGCUUCGAUUGAGCAUGGUCCUAGACUCAAACCUAGAUCCAACUCUGAGGGGCAUCAAACGAAAGCUUGGAUUGACUUUGGUCCAGUUUGAGAAUGCCAACAUUGAGCUGCGGCCAUACCUCCGGACUCACAUUCUAGAAACACCCCAUUUCCUGACAGCAUCAAUGAAGAAGCAUUUGACAUCAGAACUGAGGUCUCAAGCAGCCAAAAUCCUGGGAGCUACAGAUUUUCUGGGGAACCCUUUGGGUUUCAUGUAUGAUGUUUCUGAGGGUGUUACUGAGCUUCUGACUGAGGGCAACGUUGGUGGCCUGGUGAUGAAUGUUACACAUGGGAUGGCCAAUUCCACUGCCAAGUUCACUGGGACACUAUCUGAUGCAAUGGGAAAGGUGACAUUGGAUGAACGGCAUGAAGAGAUUCGCCGGCGGUUGAGGAAGGUUCCUCUGGACAGCUCUUCAACAAGUCACUUGGCAGCAGGGAUCAAGGGCUUGGGAUAUGGCAUUCUUGGUGGGGUCACAUCCAUCUUCAGUCAAACCUAUUAUGGUGCAACCACUGAAGGCAUCACAGGAAUGAUCAGUGGUUUUGGCAAGGGCCUCGUGGGAACAGUGACAAAGCCAGCAGUAGGAUUUUUGGAUCUUGCUACUGGAGCAGCAAGUGCAGUGAGAGAUACUAGUCGAGGUGACCAUCAUCAAAUUCCAGCCAGAAAGAGGAUUCCUCGUGUUGUGAUGACAUUGGAAGGCCUCCUUCCACGAUAUAAUGAGCGGAAUGCACAAGGACAAAGCAUCCUAUACUCACUUAAUGGUGGAGAUACAGAGGAAUCAUUCGUCUCAAUACUUGCACUCAUCAUCCAAGAAAGGGAAGAGUUGCUGUCGGCUCUCAUCUCCAGUGACAGAGUCCGCAUCCUUGAUCGCAAGGGUUCCCUUUGUGAAGUUGUUCAGACUAUCCAUUUCAGUGACUUGAAGGAAUCCAAAGCAGUGGAAGAAAUGGGUGGAGAUAUAAGGGGCAGUCGUCAGUUUUUUGUAGAGUUCCUGAUGGAAAGUGCUGCAAAUGUUGAGAAUCAUGUAGUUCCAUCAGAGAAGAAGCCUCGUGUGCGAUGUUCAAAUGCCCUCAUUUCUCAGAAGGUGUCACAGCAGGUGAACAAUGCCAAGCAUCUGUUUGAUGAGUUCCAGCACACCUUGCCACCAAUAUCAAGUAUCCCAGAUCUUGAGUGAUCUAGCUCAUCUUCACUUAAGUCUCAUCAUAUCAUCCAUCUUCUCAUAUGUUCUUUGCUUCUAUUAUGUAUUUGGUACAGUCCCCUAGGCACAGUUAUAAUUCGGGGCUCAUUCUGUGAUUUAGUCUUUAUACACACGUGAUAGAUAUCUCUGAUGUAUGCAAUAAGGGAUUGGUGGGCAUGCAUGGGGUUGUAUACCAUUCUGUGAU